AUGGGUCUCCUGGACCGGCUUCGGGCUCGGCCCCGGCGCAGUGCGGGGCUUGCGACCGAGCACCAAACGCCGCCCCGCUCGGCCAAAACAACAGGCCGCGAUUAUACCAGAAAGCUGCCUCGUCCCGUGCUCGCCUACAUCUUUGCCUAUGUCUGUCCACACACCGUUGACAACUCCUAUGAGACCUCCGAGGAGUCCAUGACCGAUGGCUGCAUGCUAUGUGACAUGCGCGAUCUUGCGCACUGCGCCCUGGUCAGCAAGCGCUGGUACCUAGAGGCACGCGCUCUUCUCUACACGAAUGUCCGCAUUGACCCCGUCCACUACUGCGAACUCGAGGUCGAACUCGCUGCAAAACGCAAACGCCGGUCUUUCUUCGAUCGCAAUGGCGACCCCAUCGACGCGCCCCAGGUCCGCCUCGAAUUCUUCAUGCGAGCUGUCCGAGAGUCACAAGGACUGGCAAAUAUGGUCCUCUCGCUUCGCAUGCCCUACAUGACCCGCGAAGCUAAUAAGGCCAACAUCGCCCGUACCAUCUCCGUCCUCCCUCAUCUACGUUUCGUCGACCUUCCAUCCGGUCUAUUCAGCGAUGAACCCGCAUGUGCGGCGCUGAAGCAGGAGCUCAUGGCUCGUUGCCCUGAUCUUCGUCGCAUGAGUUACCGUCACGGAGCCGAGGGGGGCUUUGCACGCCUUCCUGGGUCACAUCUUUGGGUCAACUUGGAGAAAUUGGAACUGUCGGGAUUGCACAUCGAGGCUGUAACUCUGCGGAGCGGUCUCGCCUCGUUCCCCCAUAUAAGCGAUCUCACGUUGGAUGACCUUCCUUGGCUUGACGACUCGGCAUUCGCUGUCAAUGGCACUUUCCCUCCUUUCCCCGCAUUGAAGCAGCUCACCCUUCGGGAUACUCCAAAUGUUACGGCAAGCGGGCUUGCCGCAUUACUCUCCGUCCCGAUUAACCGAAAAGCACUGCAGUCACUGACACUCGCCUCGACUGGUGUACUCCCGUCUACGCUACACCGAAUUCUACCAGUGGCUCCGCAGCUCGCAACCCUGUCCAUCGUUCAGGAAGUGACUCGCUCAUUCCCCGCCGAGCAGGUUCCCCCCUUGCUGUCCAAGUCACUCCGACUGCUCCACUACGAGAUUACAUCAGAGGCCGAGACGAACGGGCUUCCUCCCGUUGCAGUAACAUACUACACCUAUCUCAUUUCAUCAUUGAUGUCCCGUGCACUUCCUGCACUGCGGGAUCUAUAUGUCCGCGAUGCACAAUUCCCCGAUACGCUGCUCCUCGCACCACCACCCAGACUAUUCGGCGGUGGUGAGAAUGGGCCACAAUUUGCUGGCGGUGGUCUAACGCAACCACUCAACGUCUACAGCAAAGGCUUGGAUGAGCUGGAGUGGAACUUUACACCCUAUGAUCCCGAUCCAGCUUUCGGGCGCAGAGGCACGAGGCCAGUCAGCUUCCACGAAGCGCAACUCAGUCGCUCAUGGGGUGGUGAUGCACGGAAAAGUGUACUUGUGGGCAAUGGCUUUGGCGGGUUCCUGGCCGUGCCUGCGGACGACGGAGAACGUCCACAGAGCAGUAGUGGAUACAAACGGUCGAGUCGACAAGAUCUGUGGCGGUAA